AUGGCUUCAUCAAUGAAUAGCCGCAAACCAAGUGAAAUUUUCAAAGCACAAGCUCAACUAUACAAACACAUGUACGCCUUCAUAGAUUCCAUGUGUCUUAAAUGGUGUAUUGAGAUGAAUAUACCAAACAUUAUCCACAAUCAUGGCCAACCAAUUUCUCUUUCAAACUUAGUUUCAACUCUUCAAAUUCCAUCAUCCAAAGUUGGUAAUGUUCAGCGUCUCAUGCGUUACCUUGCACACAAUGGACUCAUUGAGAUAGUAAAAAAUCAAGAGUUUGAAAAUGAAGAAGAAGAAGCUUAUGCUCUCACUGUCACUUCAGAGCUUCUUAUUAAAGGCACUAAGUUUUGCUUGGCUCCAAUUGUUGAGGGUUAUCUUAAUCCAGCAGCUUUAGGUUCUUUCCAUCAACUAAAAGAGUGGAUUUACGAAGAAGAUCUUACACUCUUCGACGUAACUUUAGGAUCUGAUUUAUGGGUGUUUCUUAAUACAAACCCUGAACAUCACAUAUCUUUUAAUGAGGCAAUGGCUAGUGAUACCAAAAUAAUAAACUUUGCGAUGAAAGAUUGUAAUUUGGUGUUUGAAGGGUUGGAAACAAUUGUGGAUGUUGGUGGUGGAAAUGGAACAAUGGGAAAGAUUAUUUCUGAGACAUUUCCUAAGUUGAAAUGUGUUGUGUUUGAUCGUCCAGAAGUCGUAGAGAAUUUAUCUGGAAACAGCAAUUUGACAUAUGUUGGUGGAGACAUGUUUACAUCCAUUCCUAGAGCUGAUGCAGUUCUGCUUAAGUUUAUUUUUCAUGAUUGGACUGAUAAGGAUUGCAUAAAGAUACUGAAAAAAUGUAAAGAAGCAAUUACAAGUGAUGAGAAAAAAGGAAAAGUAAUUAUCAUAGAUGUGGUGAUAAAUGAAAAGAAAGAUGAUAUCCAAAUUACUCAGAUAAAGCUGCAAAUGGAUAUAUUCAUAUCAUGUAUCAAUGGAAAAGAGAGAAAUGAGGAAGAAUGGAAGAAGCUCUUUGUGGAAGCUGGCUUUAAAGACUAUAAAAUAUCUCCUUUGACUGGUUUACUGUCUCUUAUCGAAAUUUAUCCUUAA